AUGUCAGAUUCUAUCGAAACGCCCGUAUCUCGUCGAUUAUCUUCCGUUAAAAACAUCAUCAUCGUCCUUUCAGGUAAAGGAGGAGUAGGUAAAUCAUCAUCCUCCGUCCAACUAGCUCUAUCCCUCCUCUCCCAGAACCCUUCCAACCGGGUCGGUCUCUUGGACUUGGACAUAACUGGACCCUCCCUCCCUCGAAUGGUAGGACUAGACAUCCCCGAGGCAACAGUCCACCAAAGUAGUGCAGGCUGGGUACCUGUCUAUGUAGAUAAUGGGAAAAGACUAGGAGUGAUGAGUAUAGGUUUCUUAUUGAAGGAUAGAGGUGAUAGUGUCGUUUGGAGAGGUCCAAAGAAAGAUGGAAUGAUAAGACAGUUUUUAAGUGAAGUGAGAUGGGGUGAAUUGGAUUAUUUGGUUAUUGAUACGCCUCCUGGAACAUCUGAUGAACAUAUCUCCCUUCUCACCCAUCUUCAUCCCCUAUUCACUCCCACCCUCUCAAAACCUACUACCCCAUCCUCCAUCUUGAUUUCCACACCUCAAACAACAGCAUUGAACGAUACCAUCAAAUCACUAUCAUUCACCCGUAAACUCCAAUUACCCGUUAUGGGUCUGGUGGAAAACAUGUCGGGAUACGUCUGUCCAUGUUGUAACGAAAUCUCCUAUACGUUUGGAAACAAUACAAACACGGAAAAAAUAUUCAAGGAGCAGAAUGGGGUUGAUAUCUUGGGUAAAGUACCGAUUGAUACGGUCUUGGUGGGGUUAUUGGAUAGUGUGAGUAAAGGUGAAUUAAAUGUUGAUGUACAACAACAACAACAACAACAACAACAACAACAACAAAAUGGAAAUCAUGAACAAGGGGAAAAUGGAGACAACGGUCAACAGCAAUCCCAUUUCCCGUUAUUGAAUGAAUAUAACAAAACUGCAAGUUCGACUAUAUGGAGAUCUAUCACUGAUAAAUUGGUAAAGAAGAUCGAAAGUAGGAAAGAACAAAUCAGGGAGAGGUUGGCACCGUCGACAAUAAACUAA